CGAUAUUGCUGUUUGUUUACAUCGACUCGUAAACAUAACGCGGUUCAAUCAAGGGAAGGCAGAGCAAAUAAAAUGGCAAAUGUCUUCAUAUUAGACAACGGUGCCUACACAAUAAAGGCAGGAUUCUCCAAUCAGAAUGAACCCAAAACAUACUUUUGACUGGUGGCAAUUGUAACUUCGAAGGGUUUAAGGAUCGAGUUUUGAAGGAUGUUCGAUCCAUGUCUCCAACUGAAUUUGAAGUAAAUGUAACUCUUGCCAAAGGCCCAACAACUUACAGCUGGCGAGGAGGAGCUGCCAUAAGCCGAUCAGCGCACUUUCCAGAAAUGCUGGUCACAAAGAGAGAAUGGGAGGAAGAUGAAACCAAUGUUUACAACGUUGAAAUUGAUUGUGCUUGGGUUGCAAAUACUUCAUUGGUUAUCAAUCUGGAUUACAAAUACUUUAUUGAUGCUAGAAAUACUCCAAUAGUUGUUACUCUGGGUUACAUGGUCCCUUACAGUGGCAUAUUCAAGUUAAAUACUGCAAACUCUAUGUUUGUGUUUACAUUCCUACAUGAGUUCAUGAGAAUUUUGUAUGCUUUCAGUGAACUCAUCAUGGUGUCAGGUUACAACAUAGGUGUGGUUUGCUCUGUCAGCAAUAUGGGAUUUUUGCAUUUAAUACCAAGUUAA